AGCAAGCCAUUAAAUGAAGAGUCAAAAGAAAGAAGAGAAAUAAGAAGAAGCAAAAUAAGGAAUUUACAAACGCAACGCAGAUUCAAGAAAGUGACAGUCUUCACAAUUCUUUUUAAAUUUUUCAGAAUUUUCAUUUAGACCCUUAAACUCCUCAUCAUCAUCUUCUUCAUCAAUUAGUCAAUCUUACACAUUUAGUUAUAAAUCCAAUUCUCCCGUCUUCAAAGUUCAUUUCUUUGAAUCACAUUCUUGUCUCUUCCUUAUUUUCAUUCUUGAUUCAUUUCUAAGCCCAUUAUAUAAUCUUUAUUGAAAAACUUAAAACUACAUACAUUUUUUAUAAUCUUUCUUCAAAUUCUCGCCUGGGUCCUGUUCAUUUCUUCAUUUUCUUUUUAUAAUUGGGGAGGAAGAGAGCGUUUGUGUUAGAAAUUAAACUCACGACCUAGCAGUUUGCUGUAUAGGCGUAUCAAAGAUCUUCUUUACCGGGUGUCCUAAAUAUGAGUGGUGAAUUAGAUAACUCAAAUACAGUAGAAAUUACAGGCAAGAUUAUGGUAAUCGCUAUCAUAAUUCUAUUCCUGGUGGUAGUUUUCGUUUUCUUACUUCAUCUUUACGCAAAAUGGUUUCUGUGGAGUGCUGCAGAACCAACUCCGCCACCUCAACCUCGCCGAAACCGCCGCAGAUUCGUCUUCAACCCCGGGCAAGACCCAGUUCGUAGAGGGCUAGACAUCUCAAUACUAAGAUCAUUACCGGUAGUAAUAUUCCAGUCUAGUGAAGAGUUAAAAGAAGGGUUAGAAUGUGCAGUUUGUCUGUCGGAAAUUACACAAGGUGAAAAAGCUAGACUGCUGCCAAAAUGUAACCAUGCAUUUCAUGUCGAAUGUAUUGACAUGUGGUUCCAAUCACACUCCACGUGUCCUCUUUGUAGAAACUCAGUAGCUCCACAGCAUGAAGAAACUUUCACUGAUUUGCAUGAAAUUAAUAGUAAUCAAUCUCUAGAGGAGAUUUUGGUUUCCGGGUAUUCAUCAGAAUCUCCACAUUUUCCUACAAAUGUCUUGUUUUGGGGUGACCAAACUCAAGUCAGCACCGCCGGCGCCGGUGCCGGAGGUGGCGGUGGCGGCGGCCAUUUGGAGGAAGGGAGUUAUCCUCAGGCAUCUUCUUCUUCUUCUUCAUCAACUUCAGGGUCAGGAAAUGGUGUUAGGGAAGAAGAAAUGGUGGUAAUUGAAAUUCCUUUGGAAUUAAGUGAUUAUAGUGAGGAAGAAUCGAGUAAGUCUCCGGUGCCGACACAAAGAUUAAGGUCAUUUAAGAGAUUAUUAAGUAGAGAAAAAAAAGUUAAUGUUGAUGUUUAAAUUUAAUCAGUGAGAUGAGGAUUUGUAUUUGCUUAUGAAUGACUGAAGAUAUUUGCAUA